AUGUGUGACACCAAGUUCUCUCAGGCAGGUCAACAGAAACUGAAGCAGAAGCCAUAGGAGCAACCAGAGCUUAAAUACUUUUAUCCACAGCAAGAGAACAGAGGUGAGGUCCGCAACAUUAGUGUGUGUGUGUGUGUGUGUGCACAUGUUGAAUUGGCUGUGGUGUGUCUGUGUUAGACUUUCUGCAGUGUGUGUUUUUGUGUGUGUCUCGGGCGAGUGUACUGACCAAGCCUCUCCUCCCUCAUCAGUUUACAGAGUGGCAGUUCCCUUCCACAACCAGCAGAGGUCAGCAAUGCUGCACUUGAACGGCACAGAGCUGCAGACUCUCCUGCUAUCCUUCCUACAGCACUGUCUGAAUGGCACAGGUUUACUGGGCCCAGUACUCCCUCAGAACUACACUACCCAGCAGGCCGUUCUCCCAGUGGGCGGAGCUAUACCUAAGGCUCAAGCUCAGGGAUUUGUGUAUAUUCUACUUAUGGUAGGUAUGUUUAGUUUCUUCACGUUUGGUAUCAUGCUGAGCUACAUCCGCUCCAAGAAGCUGGAGAGCUCCCAUGAUCCGUAUCACCAGUACAUUGCUCACGACUGGACCAAAGGACUCACCCUCCCACGGGCUGUCACACAGGCACUGCAUGGGGCAGACACACGUAUUGGAGACAACGGGAAGAACCCCAUGGUCAUCUGCAACCCUGCUGCAUUGGAGCUCCCAGGAUAG